AUCAACCCCACAUUUUAGUGUCCACACCCUCUUUAUGUGCUGUCAUGGUUGUACCUACUACCCCAUCCACCAGCCUAUCUCAUUAUAUAGUCCCCCCUCUCCUUUGCCACACCCAACUUGCAUUUUCCACCCUCCAUUUCUCUCCCUCCUCUAAUCAGAAACCACACUCAUCAAUGGAGCUUCCCAAGAUACUCAUGAUCAUCACAACACUAGUCCUACUGAAUUCUCAUUCCACCACCUCUCAAACCGUCGGAUCUCCGUCUCCAUCUCCGUUGCCGUCCCCGCCCCCAUCACCGGCCCCUGCACCGGCCCCCGACUUCGUAAACCUUGCAGCUCUCCUCUCAGUAGCUGGCCCAUUCCAAAAAUUCCUGAACUAUCUCCAAUCAACCCAAGUCAUCAAAACACUCCAAGAUCAAGCAAACAACACCCAACAAGGAAUUACAAUCUUUGUUCCAAAAGAUGUUGCCUUCUCAUCUCUCAAAAAGCCUUCUCUCUCAAACCUCACUCAAGACCAGCUCAAAUCUCUCCUCCUCUUCCAUGCACUGCCCCAAUACUACACUCUCUCUGAUUUCAAAAGUCUCAGUGGAUCGGGCCCGGUCAGCACGCUCGCAGGCGGGUCCUACACGUUGAACUUCACCGACGUCACUGGGACAGUCCAUGUCAGCUCUGGAUGGUCUAACACAAACGUUAGUAGCAGUGUCCAUUCAACUGACCCAGUUGCAUUGUAUCAAGUUGAUAAGGUCCUUCUACCUGAAGCAAUCUUCGGCGCUCCCCCGCCGCCGUCACCGGCCCCUGCCCCAGCUCCCGACAUUGCGCCGGCAGGCGAUGCUAUAUCGGAUGGUUCGGGAGAUGGAUCUUCUUCCAAAUCCUCGACAUCGGCUUCUUCUUAUCGGACCAGAUUCCGUGCGCUGGAUGGAUUGGUUUUGGUGGUUUUUACUGGAUUUAUAGUAUGGUUAUAAGAAAGAUUUUUGAUGAGUGUGGUGCUUAAUUUAUAGUGAGAGGGGGUGUUCUAAUUUAAAUUCAGAUGAUUGGUCAUUGUUGAGGAUUUGAAUUCUAUUUUGAAGUUGUUUGUAUUUGAUCCGUCUGUCCAUCGAUGAAUCAAAGAGAUUUUUUUUUUUUAUUACAAUGA